AUGGGACACGCUGAACCGUUUGCGUUGUUGUGCGAUGCCACGGCGGAUGAGAUUGAUCGAGUUAUAUGCAAGACGAAUUUGAUGUUCAACGGUACACCUUCGGUGCCACCGAAUGCUCUGCUUCCACUUUUAGCACAUCACUUCACGCAAGCACCGUUGAAUGUAAGCAAUUUAGCGUUGUAUAAGCAAUUUAAGUAA